CUUGAGACUCGUCUCUCAUAUACCUACCUACAAUAGAUGGAUUCCCUCUCUACCUCAUUGCAAUCACCCGCCAUCACGCCAUUCUCAACACAAACACUAUUAUCUUAUUCAGUCAUUUAUUAGUCAUUCAUGUGAUGGUUUAUGAACCGCAAAACAAGAAUGGCAUCGACCAAAAAUCCAGUGCUUUUAUAUGCCUACAAAUUGGCUAAAAUGCUUUCUUCGAAAGAAUAUGCUUGGCAUGUGAGUGUUUACGUGUUUGGUUAUGAAAUAUCUUACGGAAAUGGUGGUAUCAAUACUAAACAAAUAAUGGAAGAUGAACCUAACGAAACAAAAAUCAUGGGUUAUACAGAUCGAACCGUUAAAGAAUUGUAUAAUUUUCUGAAGGAGAUUAGUACCGAAUGGACCGCCCAAAAAUAUGAUGUAUUAAGAAACAAUUGUCAGCAUUUUGCUGAAAAGGUGCUUAAAUUUUUGAGAGUCGGAAAAAACGUUCCUCGUAAAUAUACCGAACUCCCAACAAGAAUUAGAAGAAAUUGGGGUUCAUGUGUCAGUGUGUCAAGCGCAAUUAUUAAGUCAUUCACUAAAAGUUCUGGUUCUAAUUCCACCAAUGAAAAUGUUUUAUCAUUUGGCGAGCUGAUAGAAAAGGAUGAAGAAAGAGAAAGGCGAACGACUCUUUGCGAAAGAAACAAGCAAAUUGUUUUUUCCAAUGGAAAAGGGCUGCUUCAAGCUCCUUCCGAAAAAAAAUCGUCUGUAAUAAUUGAAGAAAUAAGUACAGUGCACAACGAAUUUCAAGAAUCAUCUAAUUCGAACCAAAUUGCAGUCCAACGGGGUACCCAGCAUCCUAACGAAUAUAAUAACAAAAUGAUUAGCUCUGGACGUAAUAACCAAAUUACAUUGACGAUACAAAUUGAUAGAUAUGUUUUGGAAGGAAUGUUUUAUCUAAUGCUUAUGACAAUAACAAUAAUUUUAUUCACUAAAUAUGUUUUUACACAGUGGGGUAAUGAAAUGUACAGUGCAGAUUAUUUUGUCUAUGAUGAGAUGUAAUUUUGACACAUGUUUUCACGCCUUUAUACUAUUUCACUGGCUACAAUAUAAGUCAGUACUUAUGAUCCUACUUUUCUUUUACAUAAUAAAUAAACAAAAUUUUCAUAUUUGAAUAAAUA